AUGUCAGCUCCGCCGCGCAUGCUGCUCCUCUGCCUCUGGGGCACGGAGCAGUUCUGCGCUCUCCCUCCGUCCUAUGAUAAAGCCCUCGCGCUCGCAACGGAAAAGUUCCAGGUGCCCGCCACCCACAUGGUGCGCCUGAGCUGUCCAGUCCGGGAACUGCCUCAUUACAUUGCGGGAUACACCAACAACACCGACUUGUUCAUCAUGGACAAUGACUCGUACCACUACGCGUGUGCGAACAAGCACGUUGUGCGGCUCGACGUCAACAUUCACGAGAAGGUUGGCAAAGCUGGUGGCGGCGGAGGAGGUAGUGGAGGAGGUGGCGGGGACAAGGGAGGUGGUGACAAGGGCGGAAGCGACAAGGGCGGAGGCGACAAGAGCGGUGCGGGCAAGGGCAAGGGCGGCGAUAAGAAGGAGGGCGGUGAUCAGAAGGGUGGCUCGCCUGCUUCCAAGAGUGCGCCACAGACGCUGAGCGUCAAUACGACGGCGGGCAAGAACGUCUCGCUUACAACUACUGUGACGGGAGACCUGCCCAAGGGCCCGCCUGCCGGACAGUAUCUCGGCACUCUGACGGUGGAAAGCGGCACGUUUGCUCAGAACUUCCAGGGCCAACAGCUUGGCCCCAACGAGGUGCUCACAAAGUUCUACGUGCAAGAAAAAGACACGGUGCGGCUCCUCUUCCGGCCCCGUAGCGUUCGGCCGCAGAUUGACGUCCUCUUCCCUGAAGAGUCGAGUCUCGAGGUCAACGUCGCACUCAAGGGCUGGAUGGUGACGACUGCGUACCCCGAGGUCGUCCUGCGCCCGGACGCCGGCUUUACGCGCCUCCGCUGGUUCCUGCGGGUCAAGAAGGGUGGCGUAGUCGAGGACCUGCUGACCGGCACCGAGUCCCACGGCCUGUUCAUGGAGUUGCUGCCGGAAGCCGGACCGCGCCCAAAAAUCGACACUAGGCCCACCGCCCCUCUGAAUCCCGCGUACCCCGACGUUCGGCCGGUCAACGCGUGGGUCUUGCAGCAGUCCUUGUUCCUGCAACAUAUUGACCGCGUGCUCAACACCCUUGGUCUGCCACCACAGAGCCGGUCCGCACUAAUCACGGCGUGGCUUCCCGGCAUCACGCGGCACAAGAACAUUGCUUAUCGCAUCCUCAACAAGGAGCAGCUCGACCCGUCGUUGCGCCUCGAGCUCAUCCCCGCACCACAGGUCUUGAUGCGCCUCCUCAUCCUCUUCCGCGGUAUCCCUGAUGGCGAGAUGAAGGAAUGGGCCGGACGUCAAGUCGGAAGUGACAUGGGUGUUGACUGGCGUGAGACCGUGGGCUGGACACCACACCUCAACGACGAGGCGCUCUUCCGUGUCAUCGAGUAUGCGGCGAUGGAGGUGUUUGACAACUAG